GAUGGCUUCCCUCGACUACGACCAGCUUAGCUACCUGUGAUGAUGGCUUCCCUCGACUACGACCAGCUUAGCUACCUGUGAUGAUGGCUUCCCUCGACUACGAACAGCUAUAUCUUCAGUUUAAGGCAGAAUUAACGGAUGCAAGGAGAGAAAUUCAACGACUGAAGGGUAUGUACAAGGAUUAUCCCCGGAAAAAUGUCGCCAGUGAUCGGACCAACGAAAGGAUGCUAGUCGGAACUAAAGGGACGAAACUGAAGAUGAGGGUCCAGAAGACUGCUGUGAAGACAACAACUCUUUUUCCUUGUUAUCAGACGAAUGUGAACCAACCAUCCAUUAUUCUCCAAUGAAAAUAGCUCCAACAAGGACCAUUGUUAACGACACAGUGAAGCCAGCCAGUGAAGACAUCCCAAUGAAGACCAUCUCUACUAAGACCGUCGAGAACAUCAUGCAUACCAACAGUCAAGAAUCUGUGAUGCCUGGAGCCAAGUACCUGCCUGACCUGCUUCUUCAAGAGUCACCAAACAUUGUGGAAGCAAGUAUUCUAUCUAGUGGUAAAUAUAUGCCGCAGUCGACUAGUCAAGAAAGUAAUCCAAGUCUGAAAUACAUGCCACCAAAUGAAGAAAAUAUCUCACAUCGUCCCAAACAUAUGCCACUUACACCUGGUGAGGAAAUUGACCUAUAUCGUUUAAAACAUAUGCCACUCACACAUGGGAAAGAUAACUCGUCUCUUACAACAUAUAUGUCACUUACACCUGAAGGAGACACCACGUCAUUAAGUACAUAUGUGUCACCUACACUUAUGGAAGACAGUUACUCAUCUAUAUAUACGUCACCUACACCUGAGGAAAUGAGUAAUUCAACUACAACAUAUGUGUCAUCUGAAGAAGACAACGACUCGACCUUUACUACAUAUAUGUCAACCACACCUGAAGAAGACAAUAAUUCAACUUCCACUACAUAUAUGUCAACCACACCUGAAGAAGAGAAUUCAUCUUCCACUACAUAUAUGUCAACCACACCUGAAGAAGACAAUUCAUCUUCCACUACAUAUAUGUCAACCACACCUGACGCAGUCAGUAACUCAUCUGUCACCAUAUAUAUGUCACAUACAGCUUCGCAUCUAACGAAGGCGUCAAUUCUAGUACCAAUAUUACUAUUAGCUUCAUUUAUAAUCAUAGUAUUAAUAAUAACUAAAACAAUCCAGAAUAGGAAAUCUAAACCACAGCUGAUAAGUUAUGUAAUAACAAAAAAUAUAUAAUGAUGUUUA